CUUUUACCUCACUUUCAAUUCACCACCCCGUGUGAACCAGCACAUCUAUUUCACGCCCCCCUCUUUCUGUCCAGAACCCAUCAUCCUCCAUCCCAUGGUACGGACACCAAUGGCAUACCCCUGCUCUCCUCCUUCUCCCUGCCGUUUAGUCCCGCCCGCCUGCACGAAAAAUUAAGAAUCCAGUGGCUAGGACAUCCCUGCUUCAUAGUACGGCCCUUUCUCGAGAGUCUCUAGUCUCACUUCGUCUUGAAUGUCUUGAAUGUCUCUCAUGGCAGCCGCAAGCCUCCGUUUCUCACUCUCACUCCUGUAUCCGUAUCUCAGCUUGGCCACUCUGCUUCAUCUUCUCUAUGUACGUAUUCGAACCGGCCCGGUGGUUUGGGCUACUAUCAACACUCAAUCUUUGAUCUUGACCUUCGUAUCUGCGCCUGAAGUCCCUUCUCUCAAAGACUCACUCGGAACACCCUCGUCGUCAUCGUCUUCAAGAUCGACCUCAGCUCAAUAUCACCCUACCACUUCGAUACCUUGUUUACGCACGAAGACUUACAGCUUUCCACUCGCCUCACUCUGCAAACUGUCAAACCUUGACGUUUCUUGAAGAGUGGCCCUGGCAUGGUACCGAUGACCAGCUCCCAC